GCCUCCAGAAGAGAAACGUUCCCCCUCCUUUCGGUAACCUCGGUUGAUCCUCGCGGGAUUUCAGGGCUGCUCCCCGUUUGGGCUCUGGGGGUGUGUCAAGAGGAAGAAUGACUGCUCUCUUUGUGGUUUUUGAUCCGGAACUUGUCCAGGAACCCCGGAAGAAGUAGCUGGAGCGAGAGACGCGUGCUUGCUACUCAGAAGAACUGGAAGGGCCAGUGUGAGUAGGUGCUCUCCGAAUCAUCGAUGAUGGAAUAUUUGUCUCAUCCGAGUGCACUCAGCCUGGCUGCUGGGGUUGCUUGUGGCAUGUGCCUGGGUUGGGGCCUUCGGGUACGCUUUGGGAUGUUCCCCAAAAGCUCAGCAAGUGGCACAAAUGCAGAGACUGGGACUGAAGCAAGCAUCUUGGGAGAGAGUGGGGAAUAUAAAAUGAUUCUUGUUGUUCGAAAUGACUUAAAAAUGGGAAAAGGAAAAGUGGCUGCCCAGUGCUCCCAUGCUGCCGUUUCUGCCUACAAGCAAAUUCAAAGGAGAAAUCCUGCAAUGCUCAAAGAAUGGGAAUACUGCGGCCAGCCCAAAGUGGUGGUCAAAGCUCCUGAUGAAGAAACCUUGAUUCAGUUACUGACCCAUGCGAAAACACUUGGACUGACUGUGAGCUUAAUUCAAGAUGCUGGGCGUACUCAGAUUGAACCAGGCUCUCGAACUGUCCUAGGAAUUGGGCCAGGACCAGCGGAUCUCAUUGAUAAAGUUACUGGUCAUCUAAAACUUUACUAGGUGGGUUUUUGUAUGAUGUUGAUCCCUCCAUCACAACUGUUUGAAGCCUGUCAGUAACAUUUGAAACAAUUUCUUCCCCCAAUUUAAAUAUUCUUGCCAUAAAAAUAAAAUCUCGUCUAUCAUGUAUUUGGCACUUACAAAGUUGUCAUCUUGG